CGAUGUGCUUUUCGAUUGAAAUGGCAGACGGGAGGUCGAGCUCGAGGGGAUACAAUCAGACGAGAAUACGUAUCCACAGCGCGUACGAUAUAUGGGUGGAACACAAGAAUAUAUUUGGACGUGGAAUGGUAGUCCCAUCCAGGGAAAGUUUGAAUGAAAAGUUCGCGAUGCAUCUGCUUGAGAUUCACUCCAGUUGCAAACUGUGCAAUGUUCCACCAUGCGCUACCGUCGCCAGCCCCUGGUGCGCAGCUGAGGUGAUCCCUGGUAAUUACGGCCUGCCACCACCCAUCAAGUCUCCAGUUGCAGUUCCUCCUCUCAAUCCACCAAGGCCACCUGCCAUGGCCAUGCGGCCCAUGCCUCCUUUGGCGCCAAUUAUUAAGCGAAGUCAUCUCCAAAGCACACCAACCCCCACAUCAAGCAAGCCACAAGAGUCUUCAAAGAGCCCAAGUACAUCUUCAUUUCAGGACACGAAGCCCAACACUCCUUGUCUUCCUAGCAGCCCAACCACAUGCUCUGGAGAGAGUGUAAACAAUCUGAACACCAUGGGGAAAUCCAAGAAGGGGAUAUAUGAAGAGCUACAGCCGGCAGAAAGAGUAUGCUGCCAGACUGACUGCACAUCUGGAAGUGGAGAAAACAUGCAAGAUGAUUACAGAGAAGACAGUGAAGCUGAAGAGAUAGCUGGAGAGCAGCAGACUAGAGAAAAACAUGAUUACGAGAUCUUCUUUAUCAAAGAAGAGGAUUUAGAUGGUUACUAUGGGGAAGGGGAUAAACCCAAAGAGAAACUGGCAGAUCUUCUACCAGCAGGGGAUGUAGAAGAUGACGCCUCUAAUGCAAAAGAAAAUGGUCUUGAAGAUGAAUGGAUAGAAGAUGAUAAAUCUGAAGGACAUCAACUGGCAGAUGAAGAAGGGCUACCUUACCAUGUGCUCAUAAAAGAAGAGGUGUCGGACGAUGACUAUCUUGAAAACGAUUAUCAAGGAGAUGGAGAAGGUGAUGAAACAAGGAACGUGCAGAUUACGGCACACUCUUCAUCCGAACAAGAUGGAAGCUCAAGCAAGGAGGACUGCAAUGAAAUUCCAAGAUCGACCCCGCAGAUCACAAGAAAACGGAAGGAUGGUUCACCAUGUAAUGAGUCAGAAACAACCUUGACAGUGUCAGAAGCAAUUGUCUCUUCAAGAUCUGAUAUGUCUCUAAGUAAAGGUUCAGUAAGCUCUACUCACAGACAAAAUCAGGAUGACCACCUCCAAGUACUGUGUGUUGCAGAGGUCGAUACCAUAGACCAAGAUUUACAUCAUGAGCAUGGACAGUUGAAUUCUGCAGGAGCAAUUGAUUGUGGUGAAGAGAUCCAAGAGUAUUCAAUGUGUGACACAGGAUUCCCAGAUGAAAGCAGUCCCAUGAACUUUGCACGAGAAAAGCGGUUUGAGUGUCCAGAAUGUCAUAAAAGGUUCACUGAAAAGAGAAGUCUUAUGCGACAUAAGGAAGCCCAUAUACCUGUGAAACCCCACAAGUGUUCAUUAUGUGGUAAAGAAUUUUCAUCUGAGGGGAGACGCUUAGCACAUGAACGUGUCCACACGGCAGGUAGAUCUUUUGAGUGUCCUUAUUGCAACAAAGGAUUUACAGACAGCUGUGGUCUUACCCGACAUAUCAGAACUCAUACAGGAGAGAAGCCUUUCAAAUGUUCGCUUUGUGACAAAUUAUUUGCCAUCAAGGGUAAUCUUGUGCAGCAUAUGAAAAAUCACACUGGGGAGAAACCCUUCCCUUGUGCCAUUUGUGAGAAAAGAUUUCUACAUCAGAGUUGGCUUUCGAGGCACAUGUACAGAGCCCACUCUGGAAAAAAGCCUUUUGAGUGUUGUGUAUGUGACAAAAAAUUCUCACAGCAUAGCAAUCUGACAAGACAUAUGAAAACCCACACAAGAGAAAAGCAUUUCCCUUGUUCUUGUUGUGACAAAAUAUUUUCAACUAGGGGCAAUUUUGAAAGGCAUAAAAGAACCCAUGUGGAAGAAGUGUCGCCAUCGGGAUCGUAAAAAUAUUGGGGAUGUCAAAUUUGGCAACAACAAAAUGGAAGGUAUUGUGAGGGGGGAUGGGCUAGUGUUAUGAGCGUGUAACAAGAGUACUUUUCUUAGGGAGCAAGGGCUCGUUUUACAAGCCCUGGCUGGGUUCUUGGAGGCAAAGCCCCAACUAGCUUUGCGCUGUAAACACUUUAUACAUGUAGGUAAAAACUUCAGCUUCCUCAAGUACCUUAUUUAUCGUAAUUUUAACAUACCUUACAUGGAGAGAUAAAUUAGACUAUAGACAACCAUAUUUGGUUUCCUGAUAAGGCAACCAGUUCAUUGGAUGAGUACUGAGCUUUGGGUGAUCACUUUCCAGUAACCAAAACAACCAACUACACUUUAGCAUUAAUAAAUGAGUCAGCUACGACUUGACUUUGUGUUCUCUCCAUCAAAAAUAUAAUUAAAUGUCAAGUACAUUUAUUAUGGUGAUAAGGUUAAUGAGUCUUAUGCGAUGAUUUUGAUUAAGGUUAUUACCAAGCUUUAAAAAGACCAGAUUUUAAAGAAAAGUAAUUUUCCUAUUUAAAUCUGCUCAUCAGAAAAGAAAUGUGCAAUAGAAAGAUAUCACAUUGGAAAACUCAAGAUAGGCAUUAUCAUGAAAUGUAUACCGAUACGUUAUAUGAUGUCAAAUACAUUGCAAGACUUGUAUGGAAUUUUCUGAAGUUCUUAUUGAAAACUAAAUCAUUGAUUAUGUAAAUGUACUUAUCAUACAAUAUUGAAUCAUGGCAUCAUAAGAGCAAUUACAAAUUGAUUGAGUUGGAACUAUCUUUGCAAAUAGACAAACUGAUAUUAAUUUAUGAAAAGCCAAAUUGAAUUAAGAAAACCAAUAUUUCCAUAGCAUGAAUUUAAGUAGAAAUGGAUUCAAAUUUUUAAUUGUUGUAUCACAAGAAAGAAGAAAUGGCGGGUGCAAUCAUGCAAUGUACUAAACCUGUAGUACUGAUUUAUUUCUGCACUAUACUUGCCAAAAUCUCUGUUUAAGUUUGAUCGAAUAUAGUUUUACAACACAAUAUUUAUUCAAGAAAUUUCAAUCUUCAUGUUGAUUCGUAAACUUCAGAAUCUUUGUCACCGUCACCCCCAAUUUAAACAAAAUGCAGAUCUUGCCAUCUUAACAUGAAAAGGGGUGCCACCAGGUUCUCAAGAUUGAACGGUGAACUUGGGGUGGAGAGAAGCGACCGAGGAGGAGAGGAGGAUUUGGAAGAGGGGCUGACCCUCCUGAGUCUCCUCCCAUAGCAAGGGUGUUCAACAUUAAAAUUUAAAUACAUUGUAGAUUAAAAAUCUCCCAAUGUGUGUGUGUGUGUGUGUGUAUGUGUGUAGGAAAGGAGGGUGGGGGGGCAGAGGCAGUGAUAUGCCCUCACCCUCUCCCUCGUACCUCACCUAUAGAGGCCCUUGCUGUAAUGAUAGUCUAUAUUGGUCUGGAGAUCUUUAAAUCUAGCUAAAGUGGUGUCUGUUCCUUUUCAAAUGAUAUUGGUGCUCUAGGAGUAAAUAAUAAUAAAUGUGCUGAUGCUCUAGCAGUGCUAUAGAUUCUGUAUAGUGAAUUUUAAAUCUUGCCAUACUAUCAUGUACAUCUAGAAACUGUUUGUUUACAGAAGAUAGUGUUGUUAGCUUUUGUUGUAUUUAGUAAAAACUAAUAAUUAAAGCAUCUCUACAGUGAGAGCUAUUAUGCCUGUGUGGAUAUUUUUGGUAUAAAUAAAACUACAGGAAUGGUCCUGAAGUGAAGGAACAACAGAAUAAAUGCAAAGGCUGAACAAAGAUCCUCAA